AUGGCUCUGCAACAGGACAUUGGGAAGCCCUGUCUGACUUGUGCUUCGGAAUGUCCCGGCUUUAAACUCCACCCAUGGAGGGCGACGUGUACUGCUUGUCACUGCUCCUACGACAAACAUGCUGUUACUGAUCCGUCGAAAGAUUCUUACUUACAUGAGCUGGAAUUAUCUGACACUACUGUACUCAAAGCCUACGAUGUCGCACAGACAGUUGCAAGGGAACAUGGUCUACACUGGCUUCCCGUCGGCAUUCAAUCUUCGGAAGUUGAGGCUUUUCUCACCUCUCUUCCAUCUUCGGAAAUACCUCGAGGGGAAGCUUACGUUGAGAUGCGUACUCGGCGUAUUCGCCAUCAAGUUCCCCCACAAGACCGAAAACCCGCAUCUUCUCUCAGCACUGCGAAGCUCAAUCUUCCCCCUUCCAAUACACCUGCUAACCUAGAGGGGGAAUCUCGUGAGGCUACGCGCUUCCAAAACUCUCGAAAUCGUCGUGAUUUUGGUAUCGGACGAGUCGAACGUGCAUCUGCAAAGGCCACGGUUGUAUGCGCCGAGUGUUCGGAGCAGAUCGGAUUUAGAGAGUUUUGUGUCCGAAUUCGGCCAGAGCAUCGCCUGUCUGACUCUUCUGACAACAGCUAUGUACCCGCCUGGCAUCCGGGUUGUUUCCGUUGCUCGAAUUGCAGCGAACAUCUUGUUGAUUUUGUAUACGCUUGGCUCAAUGGCAAGCCUUACUGCCUCCGCCACUACGGCCAGAUGAUUCGACCACGCUGCGCUACUUGCGACCAUCUCAUAUUUUCCGAGGAAUAUACGCGUGCCAUGGAUCAGGAGCACCAUACAGGUCACUUUGCCUGCCGCAGCUGCGACGUCUCUCUAACUGGUCAACGCUACAUCCUCCGAGACGAGGAGCCUCAUUGUCUGGCCUGCUACGAGGCGAAAUUUGCCAACACCUGCGAGCAGUGUAAGGAGAAGAUUGGCUGCGACUCCAAGGACCUCUCCUUCAAGGAGCGACACUGGCACGAGAAGUGCUUCAAAUGCUCCGCUUGCAACACGUCGCUGGCGGACCGUCCCUUCGCAACGAAGGACGACCAACUGUACUGUUCCGACUGUUACGAUGAGCGUUUUGCAGCUCGCUGUGACGGCUGCCAGGGCGUCUUUAAGGCGGGCAUGCGGAAGUACGAGUACCGCGGCCAGCAGUGGCAUGAGGAAUGCUUUGUGUGCGUGGAAUGCAAACAGCCUAUUGGUGCAAAGAGUUUUAUCCCUCGUGACAACCAGGUGGUCUGUGUUCCCUGCUACGAGGCUAAGUACGCGCAGCGCUGCACCAAAUGCUCCGAGGUCAUUCGCCGCGGUGGAGUCACGUAUAAGGGCAAUCCCUGGCACAAGGAAUGCUUCACUUGCACCAGUUGCGGCAAACAACUUGCCGGCCUCAAGUUCACCUCCAAGGAUGAGCAGCCCUAUUGUGCCGACUGCUAUGGGGAUCUCUUUGCGAAAAAGUGCACCAAGUGUGGCAAACCCAUCACUGGUUUCGGUGGCUGCAAGUUCAUUUCGUUUGAGGAUCGUCACUGGCACUCAGAGUGUUUUGCCUGCAGCAAGUGCGAUUGCAACCUUGUAGGUCGCGGCUUUCUCACAAAUGAGGAUCAGAUAAUGUGCUCUGACUGCGGUCGCUAG